ACUGGCAGAUUUGAAUACAGGGAGACAGAAGAGGAGGAGGAGGAGGAGGGGAGAUAGAGCAAGUGGGGGCGUUGCACUAGUUUGCCCCUGCUCACUCUCUCUCUCUCCCUCUCUCUCCCUCUCUCUCUCUCUCGCUCUGUGCGCCGGGUCAGGAUGGAAAGGCUUACACAGGCAGGGGAGGAAACAUGUCAUGAGAGGUGAUGACACAGAACCAGAGAGAUAUCCAAAGUCGCCGCUCGCCGCUGCUGCUGCUUCUCCCGCUGCUCCUGCUGCUUUUACUGCGUCCCACAGAGGAGAGAGAGAGCCAAAGAUAGCCUCCGUCCUCUCCCCCACCUCUCUCUCUCUUCCUCUCUUUUUCACUUUGUUUGUGAACGAUGGGAUUUUAAUCAUGUGGAAGACAGCUGAGCGGCUCUUCUGGAUUUCGCUGACGCUGCGCCUGGUCCCGCCUGGCCUCCUCUGAGCAGAAUGGAAACUCUGGAGUCAGAGCUGACCUGCCCAAUCUGCCUGGAGCUCUUUGAAGACCCGCUGCUGCUCCCCUGCGCCCACAGCCUGUGCUUCGGCUGCGCCCACCGCAUCCUCAUCUCACACUGCGCCACCAACGAGUCCGUUCAGAGUAUCGGAGCCUUCCAGUGCCCCACCUGUAGAUAUGUCAUUUCCUUGAGUCCUGAACGUGGACUAGAAGGACUAAAGAGAAACGUGACCCUGCAGAACAUUAUCGAUCGAGUCCAGAGGGCCUCGUCUUCAGCUGGGCUUCCUCUACCGCUACCUGCGCCCCACAGUGGGCCCAACUCUCCCGGGGAGGAAGGAAGCAACAGAUUGGCGCUGGUUCCAGUCAGCGCCGCCAUGUCCAGUCCAGGAACGCCCCCAGAGCCGGUCCAGUGCCAGUUCUGUGAGCAGGACCCGCCUCAGGACGCUGUGAAAACAUGUGUGACAUGUGAGGUGUCGUACUGCGAGGAGUGCCUGCGGGCCACUCACCCAAACAAGAAGCCGUUCACCGGACACAGGCUCAUCGAGCCCUUGCAGGACUCCCACCUCAGGGGGCUCCAGUGUCUGGAGCACGAGGAGGAGAAGGUGAACAUGUACUGUGUCAGCGACGACCAGCUCAUCUGCUCGCUGUGCAAACUGGUCGGACGGCACAGGGACCACCAGGUGGCAGCACUGAGCGACCGCUACGAGAAACUCAGGCAAGCCCUGGACACCAAUCUGAGCAACUUGAUCAAGAGGAACAACGAGCUGGAGUCGCUGAUGGGGAAGCUGAUCCAGACUUGUCAACAUGUGGAGGUGAACGCAUCCCGUCAGGAGGGCAAGCUCAUGGAGGAGUGUGAUCUCCUGAUUGAAAUCAUUCAGCAGAGGAGGCAGAUCAUUGGCAGCAAGAUCAAGGAGGGGAAGACACAAAGGAUGCGUAAGCUCGCCCAGCAGAUCUCCAACUGCAAGCAAUGCAUCGAGAGGUCCUCUGCCCUCAUCACACAGGCCGAUCAGACGCUGAAAGAAACGGAUCACGCACGCUUCCUGCAGACCGCCAAGAGCAUCAACGAGAGGGUUUCAAUGGCGACUGCUUCUACACAAGUACUGAUCCCUGAGAUAACCCUGACGGACACCUUCGACACUUUCGCUCUGGACUUCGCCAGAGAGAAGAAGUUGUUGGAGAAUCUGGAUUACCUCACAGCUCCGGGCGCUCCGUGCAUAAGAGAAGAGUUGUGCACGGCGUCCUACGACACGAUCGCCGUGCACUGGACGUCCGAUGAUGAAUUCACAGUGGUGUCCUAUGAGCUGCAGUACGCCAUCUUCACCGGGCAGUCCAACAUUGCAAGUCUGUGCAACUCGCUGGAGAGCUGGAUGAUUGUUCCCAACAUCAAGCAGAACCACUACACCGUGCACGGUCUGCAGAGCGGCACCAAGUAUAUCUUUGUCGUCAAGGCCAUUAACCAAGCGGGAAGCAGAAGCAGCGAACCGGGGACUCUGAAGACCAACAGCCAGCCGUUCAAGCUGGACCCCAAAUCGGCCCACAAGAAGCUCAAAGUGUCCCACGAUAACCUGACGGUGGAGCGGGACGAGACCACGUCCAAGAAAGGCCACAGCCAGGAGCGGUUCACCAGCCAGAGCAGCUACGGCGUGGUGGGAAACGUGUACAUCGAUAGCGGGCGCCACUACUGGGAGGCUUUGAUCGGAGGGAGCACAUGGUACGCUGUGGGCAUUGCCUACAAAUCAGCCCCCAAGCACGAGUGGAUCGGCAAGAACUCCGCCUCCUGGGUGCUCUGCCGCUGCAACAACUCCUGGGUGGUCCGCCACAACAGCAAAGAGCUGGCCAUCGAGCCGUCGCCCCACUUGCGGCGCGUCGGGGUCCUCCUGGACUACGACGCCGGCUACCUGACCUUCUACGACGCCGUGGGCUCCCAGCACCUGCACACGUUCCACGUCUCCUUCGUGCAGCCCGUGUGCCCCGUGUUCAACGUGUGGAAUAAGUGUCUGACCAUUCUCACCGGGCUGCCCAUCCCAGACCAUUUAGAGGGACUGGACCCCCAAGACUGAACGCCACACAGACGAGAUUCAAUCCGCAUUAAAUGGUCUUAGUUGUUUUAAAGCUGUGCUGGGUACAAGUUUGGAGAAUUGGCAUUGUUAUGAAAGAGAGCAAAUCCUUUUGAAUCACUACAACUCCGGUUUUUGAACUUUUUCACAAGUCCACACUCCUCUGCUCCUCUACAGUGACUCAGCAAGUCCUGAUAAAAACUGAACGCACCACUGUCUGAUAACUCUUUUUCUUCUGUUGUCAAGAAAGUUCAAAUGUUUGGGAAUAAUCUCAAAUUCAGGCAUGAGGGAAACUAACAGAGGAACAAGGUUUGGUUGAUCUUUUAUCCUUUUUGAGACUGAAGUCAAAACGUCCAGGAUAAGUCAAAGUGUUGGGAAUUAAGCCAAAACAGGAGGAUUAAGUGGAAAAGGAGAGGGAAAUGUCAAGAAAUGUUGAGAAAAAUGUCACGGAUAAGUUGAAGAAAGUUGUAUUUUUAGUGUUAGCGCGAGGUUGAAGGAAAAGUAGAACAAAGUCAGAGGAUUUGGAGAAUUCUGACUUUGUUCUCUGAUGCACAUUAUAAAAGUCUUCCCCUAAUCUUCCCCUCAAGCCUGGUAUGAAUAAACUUCCAGAAAUCAAGCGGCAACCUCCAGCCGCCAAAAUUGAAGCCAAUGAGGAAGUGUUCAAAACUGCAGUUCCUUGAGUGUCCACUAGAGGCUGGCUCCAGAAGUACCGGAAACCACAUACACACCCAUUCAAAGAUAACGUGGCAGUUUCAUAGAUAUUAAGAUUACAAGUCUUCCAUAGCGAGAGGCACAGCUGACUUGAUUGACAGGAGGGAACAUUGCAGCUGUUGGCGAGGAGGCUCAAACCCCGCCUCUUUACGUCACACUUGCUCAACAGAAGUAAUGUUAAGUUCAACAUUUCCAAUAUGGCUGCCGCCGCCGAUUGGCCUCAAAACAGCACUUCAGAAGCAGAUGGGUGACGUCAAGGAUACUACGUCCAUUAUUUAUACAGUCUAUGGUAAAAAUGAGUAUGUUGCUAGACCAGCUACAUCACUGUUUUUAAUCCAUGCUACAAACACUUACCCAGUGCAGCUUUAAAUGCUUAGCUAACUUUUCUAACUGCUCUUAAGUUGUACAUUAUGAUUUCUAAAAACGAAUAGGACUUCUGACAGCUGCUCUUGAUGGACGCUCUCAAAAGAAGCCAAGACAAAUGGACAAAGCUGAGCCGGAGAGUCCGACUGGAAGGCACUUUGGGCAACGAGGAAACAAGCCACCAAUCAAUUUCUAAUUUACACCUUAUCAGAUCUAGCACUUUGAAGAUGCCACACACACUAACUCACACACCUCAACUCUAAUCGAUCACGGUUGCUGGAAGGAGCGGACUAGACAGAUCUACAUUUUGUACAUUAAACGCACCUCCUCCUUUAUCUUCCCCUCGUUUAAGAAGAUGGAACCAAAGUAGUCUGUCCAGAUGUCUUUACAUAAAAUUUUACAAAUGCUAAAAUAUUUUUAAAAAGUGAGAGGGAGGAAGGAGCGGGAUGCUAAUAUGAAAUGCAGGAUUUCCUUAAAGGUAGAGUUCGUUGUUUGCACAUUGUUCAGACUCUAUUCGUGGUUAUGGAGCCUGAAAACUUCCUGGUGCAAUUAACAUGCAUUUCUUCUGGGAACAUGUUGUGUUUUUAUUUGAUUACUGUGUUGUUGCUUUCUUUUUUUGGCAGACAGAUAUGUUCUGCCAUCUUUAUUUUAUGUGAUGCAUAAUGUGUGAGCUGUGUAGCCCCAGGUUAUUCGUAGAGCUACAUGUGGACGGCUGUUUUUCUCACUUUUCUAUGAAACAAGCAUUUGACGAUAACGGAUAAUUUGCUUUUGACAGAGUGUCUUCCCAUUUAUCUUUAAUAACAUGAAAACUUCUUGAUGAUUUUUGAGACAACACAGUCAUAUGAAGAGCGCUGGCUUUGGACUUGUUGAACAUUUAUGAUGUCAGAAUGUCCCUUUACUUCAAAUUCUCCCUCACACCUUGACAUUUUAAGGGUCAGACUUCCUCAAUAAGAUUUAGGACAAUUCUUUCUCCUAUAAUCCAGAUGUUUUUGUAAGUUACAAUGUUUAACCAUGACAAAAAUGACGCCUGUCAGUGUAAAUACAAAGAUUUGGUUGCUUUGUUUCACCACCUGGUACACUCAAAAGUCUGAAGACAAAUAACAACCUCCUCUUUAACUCUGUGUUUCCCCGGCAAUUAAUUCAAAGCGUGUGUUCUCAUUGUAUCUGAUAUGAAUAUGUAGUGCUUAAUUUAAUGUUUCCAUUUAACUUUAUGACCAUGGUGUUACAUGUUCUGUCUCUGUGGACAUUUUUAUGGGAAAAGGAUAUGAGUGCUUGCACCACUGUUGUUUGAGAUAUGUCUAUGAGAAGGUCAAAAAUAAAUGUUCCUUUUCACAAUAAAA